AUGCCAAUAAAACAAAGGAAGCAUUCAAAGCAAUGUUCUGUUUGUUCAAAAUACGUUCUCAAGGUUUAUUUAAAACCGGAAGUCGAUUCUUCAACACCAAAAACGAAGAAAUAUUGUUGCAGUAAAUGUAGAGAUGAGUUACGCAAUGGUGGCAGUGAUGAUAUUAUGGAAGCUGAUCAGCAUGAUGAAGGAGAAGAUGGAUUACAUGGUACCCCAAUGGCUUCUCAAAUUUCUUCUCAAUACAAUACGUCUCAAAAUCAGCCAAGCUUUCAGAGUCUAGUAUAUAAUGGAAUUUUACCUUCUUUUCAACCAUUUCCCUCCAACACUACUGACAAAAUUUUCCCAAUUCAAACAUUUGCAAAAUUUAGAAUGAUUGAUUUUACCAAUCACAAUGAUUCAGACCUGUCAAAUUGUGGACCAAUGUUAGGGAUGGAUUAUAAUCUUAGGAAAGAAUUGGAUAGAAAUUGUCAUAUGGCUAGAACUAUUCAAUCCUCAAAUAGUCCCUCAUUUCUUAUUUAUGAUUCGAAAUUCACUAUAAUGGAUAAAGUAGCCGCUUAUUCAUUCCUUACUUCUGCAGGAUGUUCAAUUUCAAAGGAUGUGCAUGAAUGGUUGAGAGAAAAAUUGUAUGAGCAAUUGAGAAAUUCAAUUCAGACCGAAAAAAUCAAAUCUGAAAUCAAAAAACACACAAAAAUUAGAAAUUGUCAAACCUACACAGUGGUUGAGAAUUCAAAUGAGGUGAAUGAAAUGUCAAAAGAAUUUAAUCCAAAAGAUGUUUCGAAUGAAAGAAGUAGAAAAACAAAAAACAAACCAAUUAUUGAAAUUAAAAAGAGUGCUGGUUUACAAUGUAACAACUGUAAUUCCUUCCAUAUUACAACCACCUCAACCAGAAAAUCCACAACACCAAUGAAAGAUUUGGAAACAAGAUCACGUAAUGAAAAAGGAGAGAGAAUUACUGAACUACUGAAUGAUAUUUUAGAAGCUAAUGGUGAAAAUUUAGAUUCAUAUAUGGAUUGGAAUUUCAGAAUUGGAAGAAAAUCUAAGCCCUUAGGUGCAGUGUAUUUCACAGACAAACACUUGAUGUCAGAUAAUCACUUUUAUGAAUUUUAUAGCUAUCAUCAUUUAAAUGGAAUAACAUGUACAAUGGAUGAAUUGAAGAAUGAAAGAUACAAAUUGAAUGAUGAAAUUAUCAAGAAAUUAAAUAUAUCCUUUUCAGAGAAUUGUGUACAUGUUGAUACGAAAUGUGUUAUUCAAUUAAUGGUUGACCUAAUCAAAGAAGUAACAGGAGAAAUAUCUGAUAUAUUAGAAUUGAAAAGUUUUUGGGAUGGCAGACCAGGUAAUGAUGUAAUUCAUGCUUUGGUACCUCUGAACACCAAAUUGGCAACCCAAUGUAGAAACAAUGCUUUCCUCACAGAUAUGUAUCACGGAAAGGAAACAACUGUGGAUAUUUCUAAAUAUUUCAACCAAACAUUUACCGAUCUUAAUGAACUCUCGAAAUCAGGUUUUGAAUAUGAUUUUAACAAUGGAACAACAAAGAAAAUUCAAAUCAAGGUAUAUGUUUGUCCUGAUAUGUCUGGCCUAUGGAAAAUGAUGGGAGAAACAUUUGUAUGCCCAUUCUGCAAUGCUACUGCCAAAAACAGACAUUUGUGUUUGCAAGAAAAACCUGUCUUUCAAGAAAAACUCCUCAAACAUGCAAAAUAUGACACUCUAUUGGAUUUUAUGGUAGUGGAUGUAUUACAUGCAAAGUUACGCAUAGUUGAAAAUCUACUCAAGUUAGUACUUGGUCCUUUAAAAAAGGACAGUGUUGAGGCAGUAUGUAAUGAAUUACAGAGAUACCCUUUUUUUUCUCAAUUCAAGUUCAGAGAGGAAUCUAAAAAACAAACAAGUGCCAACAAGCAAUUGCAAGAAAAGUUAGAAAUUGAACUUCCUUAUAUUAAUGGAACUCAAGCUGAUAUAAUUUUGAAAAAUUUUGAAUCAAUUUUCUUUGAAACAUUAUCAGAUGAAGAGUUUACAAAAGAACAUGUGAGGCUAUUUACUUUAAUGAGAACUGUAAUUUAUAAUUACAUGGAAGCACCAACACAGGUACUAGAAAGGACCUAUUCAACUGAAGAAGGAAAACAACAUUUGAAAAAUAUGUUAAAAGAGAUUGCAGAAGAGUAUCAAGACUCCUUUCAUUUCGAAUUUGGCUAUUAUGUUCAUAUUAUAUUGGAACAUUUACCCAAAUUGCUGGACAAGUUUGGAUCAUUAGCAAGAUAUAUGAAUCAAGGGUGUGAAGGAAUGCAUGCUUUGGGAAGAUUGAUAUCAACAAGAAAAUCUAAUCACCAAGCAUCCAACAACAGACCUUCAUUUUCAGAGUGUGUUCUUUUACCUUGGAGACGUAUUUUUAUGUCUACUGAAUAUAAGAAGCCAUGGAUUGGUUUGUUAAGAGAGGAAAAAACACUGAGUGAGAAAUAUAUAGCAAUGGUAGAUUCGUUUUACAAUGAAUCAAAAGAAAUGCUAAAAAGCAGUCCAACAGAAAGUGCAAUGGUUAUUUUGGAUAAAUGUCAGAAAAAGAGAGAUGAGUUUCAACCAUUAACCAAUCCAAAAAAGCAGGCUAUUAAGAAUUUCGAUAUGUGGGCAAAUUACAAAACCAAAGAAAAUGAAAAAGAGAUACAAUAA